AGCUCUGAUUGGCUGAUUCUCGCGGGGGGCGGGGUUUUAUCUGAAAACAGGUGGGAAAGGAAAUCCAGCAGAGCACCUGAGUCCCAGUCCUCCCAGCGCUGCUCCGGAGAAGACUAUGGGAAUGUUAAGUAGGUCGCUGUGGAUUCAGACCAUCACUCUGCUUAACCUCUGAUUUACCCCAGCAGCUUCAGGAGCCUCUGCACUGAGAGACGAGUUUAUAAAACUAAACACUUCCCUCAGAUUAAUCCUCGACCAUGCCCUCGUAGUUUUAAACUCUUUCCAUGAGGAUUCUGCCCUGAGAUGAACGAACAGCGGAAAGUGAAACUGUCUUUUCUCUGGACACUUUUCAUCUUUAAACUGUUCGCUAUUCAAGGAUUUUUUUGCCAGGUGAAACCAGAAAAUAACUUGCAUAGGAGGGUUAAUGCACUGCGCCAGAAACGAGAUCUCUUCCGAGAGGAGACCUUUAGUGCAGUGCUGUCAGAUUCAGCUCUUCCUCGACGUGUUCUUCAUAAUUACACAGUCCGGGAUGCCUCUACAGAGUUUUGCGGGUGUCUUAAUGGGGGCUGGUGUCAGGACGGAGGCCACUGCGACUGUGCUCAGUUCCAGGCUCUGGGAGAGCGCUGCCAAAUCAUCCCCAACUUGGGGCAGGACAGGGAUGGGAUCUGUCGUUCAUGGGGGCAGCAUCACUUUGAGACAUUCGACGGCAUGUACUACUACUUCCCCGGAACGUGUUCAUAUAUUCUGGCCAAAGACUGCCACGCAUCAGAGCCUCAGUAUACUGUGUGGGUCCAUAACAGUCGUUCAUGUGGCGGCUCAGUGUAUUCCUGUCCUCGUUCUCUCAGUUUGUUCUUUCCUAACGAGGAGGAGAUCCACAUUAGCGGCUAUCAGGUGCUAAAGGGGGAACACAGCCUGACCCUUCCCCAGACGGUGCAUAAUGUCUUCAUCGAGCGUCUGGCUGACUACAUCCUGGUGAAGAGCACGUUCGGCUUCUCUCUGGCAUGGGACGGGAGCUCCGGGGUCUACCUCAAAAUGACAGAGAGCCACAAAGGCCGGCCUUGUGGACUGUGCGGAAACUACAAUGAUGACGGAUCGGAUGAUCUCAGCAGCACCCGUGGUUUAAACUCUGACGAUGUUGCUGAGUUUGGAAACAGCUGGACUGUCCCGCUUCCUCACGAGCGCCCCUGUCCCGCGGUAGACGACGACUUCCCCGGACCCUGUUCCUCUGAGUCAGAUAUGGAUGAUGCCAUUGAGAAGUGUAGCGCUUUGCUCUUCUUUCCAUUCGUCUCCUGCCAUGAGAACAUCGAUCCCAAUCCUUUUGUUGCCAGCUGUGUUUCAGACCUGUGUGUUUCAGAUGAUGGAGACACAUUUUGCAGAACACUUGUUGAAUACACCAGAGCCUGCUCCCAUGUCGGCUACCCAGUGCGGGAAUGGAGAGACAGCUUUCCUACCUGUGCGGAUGAAUGUGAGGACAGCUUUGUCCAUAGAGACUGUAUCAGCUGCUGUCCCCCUACCUGCACGUUUGAGAAGGAGUGUCUGGGGACGAACCUGCACUGUCUGGACGGCUGCUAUUGCCCUGAUGGGUUAAUUCUGCAGAAUGGAACAUGUAUACCAGUGGCUCAGUGUCCCUGUGUGUAUCAUGGUACAGCUUAUCCUUUGGGUCAUGUUCUUGAGCAGGGCUGCACUUCCUGUGUCUGCAUGGGAGGAGUUUGGAACUGCACUGAAAACAACUGUACAGCUGAGUGCACUGUUGUUGGUGACACACACGUGACCACAUUCGAUGGGCGUAUCUUCAUGCAUACGGGCACAUGCCAGUAUGUGCUAGCGAAGAGCCGCGGCUCCACCAAGUUCACCAUCACACUGCAGUAUUCAGCCUGCGGAGAGAUUCAGGAACAGUCCUGUUGUCACUCAGUGACUCUUGUGAUAGACGAGGAUGUCGGCAGGCAAGUCACGCUCACCAGAGAAGGAGAUGUCAUCAUUGGAGCCAGCAUGGCUGUCAACUUACCAUACUCAGACGAUAUGGUGGAUGUGCGCAGACUGACAUCUGUGUUUGUGGGCCUGCGUGCUUCCUUUGGGCUAAGGAUGAAUUAUGAUUGGCGGGGUGGACGAAUCUACCUGCAGCUGGACAGCACCUGGGCAGGUUCCACCCUCGGCCUCUGUGGAACUCUCAACGGCAACCUACGCGAUGACUUCCUUUCUCCAGCAGGUAUGAUAGAAGGAACGCCACAGCUGCACACCAACGCAUGGAAGGUGUCGUCAGCAUGCAUCAGCCCUGUUAACAUCCCCAUCAUUGACCCCUGCGAGAUGAACCAACAGAACACGUUCUAUGCUUCAGUGUGUGAUGUUCUGUCUGGAGAAGUGUUUGCUCAGUGCCAUGCCUACGUGAGUCCCAACAUGUACCACCAGCAGUGCCGUUACCAGGCUUGCCGCUGUGGCAGUGGCUGUCUGUGCACGGUUCUGGCCCACUACGCCUACAUCUGCUCCAAACACCACGUCAUCAUCAACUUCAGAGCACACGUCUCUGAAUGCGGCAUGGUGUGUUUGGGGGGGAUGAUGUACCUCCCUUGCACAUCCACGUGUGGGAAGACGUGUCAUUCCGUGAGUCUUGGGGAGGUGUGCGAUGGGGACUGUGCUGAAGGAUGUGGCUGCAUGGAGGGGAUGCUGUAUGACCACGCCCGGCAGCGCUGUGUACCACUGUCUCAGUGCCAUUGCUACUUCAUGGGUUCAGUGUUUCAGCCAGGAGAAGUUUCCUUUAGUUCCUCUGGGCCUUGCCUUUGCAGAAAUGCCCGUAUGGAGUGUGUGCCUGAAGAAAGAGAGCCAGAAAGAGGAGAUUGCCCAAACGGGAAAGUUUACUACAAUUGCAGGGGUCAGCUUGGGGCGGGGCCAACUGGUGUGGGUGUGGCCUGUGAGUUAACCUGUCGGAACCUGAUGUUGAAUCUCACCUGUCCUCCCAUGACCCCCUGUGUACCUGGGUGUGGAUGUCCUGCAGGGUUGGUUGGUCAUAAUGGAGACUGCUAUUAUCCAGAGAACUGCCCGUGUGCCUGGCUGGGUUUGGAGUAUCUUCCUGGAGAGACAGUGGAUACUCCUUGCUAUCGCUGCGUGUGCCACCGAGGGUUCUUCAAUUGCACAUACUUCCCCUGUCCGGCCGUCUGCACUGUCUACAGCGAUCGUCAUUACCACUCGUUUGACGGCCUGGAAUAUGACUACGUCAGCGACUGCCAGGUCUACUUAGUGAAGAGUAUUGGUGACGUAGAGGUGUCGAUCACAGCUCAGAAUAAAGACUGCUAUGAAAGUGGAAUCGUCUGCAUGAAGAACCUUCUCAUCUAUGUUGGCCUCACUAAAAUCUACUUCAGUGAUAACUCAGGAAAACCUAGUUCCUCCACCGUGAUUGGACGAGGGUUUGAGUUUGAGCUGUGGGGGGCGGGCUACUACACGGUGGUCCAUUUCCCCAAUCAGGACUUGACUGUGCUCUGGGAUCGUAAAACAACCAUCCACAUUCGUGCUGGACCUCGAUGGAAGGGUCAGUUCAGUGGCAUGUGUGGGAACUUUGACAUGGUGACAGUGAAUGACAUGACCACAGCAGGGCACAUGGAGGUCAGCAAUGCCCAGGCCUUUGGAGACAGCUGGGCUCUGGGCCAGUGUGAGAGUGAUUUUGUGGUGCGAAGGCCUUGUGAAGCAGACCUGAGUCGGCAGCCGUACGCUAAGCGAGAAUGUGGGCUGCUCUACAGUGACGUUUUUGCUCCAUGCCACAAUGUUGUGGAUGUAACCUGGUUCUAUAAAAACUGCCUGACAGACACCUGCAACUGCAACCGAGGAGGAGACUGUGAGUGCUUGUGCACCAGCAUUGCUGCAUACGCACACAAGUGCUGUCAACAUGGCGUAACGGUACAAUGGAGAUCCCCUACUGUCUGCCCAUAUGACUGUGAAUACUACAACCAAGAGCUGGGUGAUGGUCCAUUCACUCUGUCCAUUAUUGAGCGUAACGACUCAGUGUGUGUCUUUGGAGCGAAUGUAAGCAGUGGAGAGGUUUUCCCUCUGCUGAGGACCAGUGGCCAGAUCACUGCCAUCUUCAACUUCAUGAUCACCAGUGGGCUCUACAAGGACCGAGCAUCACGACUCCCCACUGUCUCACUGGAAUCCGCUGAGCGACCAAACUACUUCCUCUGUGUUACGGAGAACCGUGCAGUCCGGCUGGAGCGCUGGAGACCCGGCGAGGACUUCCGUCGCCAGGCAACUUUCAUUCAUCACCAGGGCUUGUGGUUGCCCGGACGAUCCUCCUUUGAGCUGCACAGUCAGAAGGGCGUCUUCCUCACACUCACACACACACUCGCACGAGCACAGAGCUACGACAACUCGCAUUCCUUCAAGAUCAGCAGCAGUUUUUCCAUUGAGGAGAGCAGCUUUGUUAUCCCAUACCGUCUGAUGUGUGAGUGGAAGUAUCAUGCUUGUGCCAGUCCAUGUGUGAAAACAUGCAGUGAUCCCACUGCAACGCGGUGCCAGUUCCUGCCUCCUGUGGAGGGCUGCUUUCCCCGCUGUCCCAAGAGCAUGUUGCUGGAUGAGGUCACCAGGAGGUGCGUCUACCGUGAAGACUGUGUAACGCUCCCACCAACUCCUACACCGUACAUGUUUGUGACUCGCUCCAACAGAACCACCACAUCUCCAACUACAACAGUUCCUACAACAACCACAACCACCACCACUACUACAACCACAACCACUACAACCACCAGCACGACCACCACCACUCCCACUACACCUCCCACCACUACAAUAAUAACAGAAGCUGUAGAACCCAGUACAUCCGCCACAGAGCCCACCACAUUACCCACCACACCCUCUACUACACCCAUCCUCACUACACCCAUUGAAACCACAACAACCCCUCAGACAACCACAGAAACCACUCUGGUUACCACAGCCGCACCCACCACCACGCCGUCUCCCACCGCGGAGCCCACCACACCCACGACCACCCCAACCACCACUCCGCCCACAACUACAGAGAUUCUGACCACGCCUGAGCCGACAACCACCACAGCCACCACCACCGUUCCUCCCACCACCACUACUGUUACCACGACAACUCCUGUCCCAACCACCGUUACCACAGAGACCACCUCCCUCUCCACUACGACUGAGGAAUACUUUAUCGUCACGACAACACAGACACCCCCCGAGACCACAGAGCCCACGUCCACCUCUCCCACCCCAACACCAGAGACAGUCAGCAUAACGACCAGACCCCCGCCGUUCAUACUGCCCACAGGACCCUGCACGCCUCCGUACUCUCUGCGUGUGGAUGAGUGCAGUGAAUACAUCUGCUUCAACGGACAGCUGAUGCUGCACAACUCCUCCCAGCACUGCAGAUUCAACAUCACCCAGCCACAGUGCAACCUGCUCGGCAUGCCCAUACAGAUCAACACCGACCUGUGCUGCCCACUGUGGCGCUGCCCCUGUCGCUGCUCUAUAAUCUCAGACCUGCGUGUGAUCACGUUUGAUGGGAAUAAUGUUGCUCUGUAUGAUAAUGGCUCCUACAUACUGGUUCACCUGCCCAGAGAGAACAUUGUUGGACACAUUGAAAAAUGUCCCACCAGUGAGAGUGUGAACUACAUCAGACGACCUACUCCUACAGGUGGAACCUCAGGCUUGUGUUUUAAGAAGCUUAACAUAACCACUCAUUCCUACAGGAUUAUGAUCAAUCGCUUUGAUCGUAAGGUAUCUGUGAACCAGAUCACUGCUCGGCUGCCCUUUACCAGACUGAACCUGCACAUUGAUGACACAGGAACCAUGUACAUCAUCCAGACACCUGGUGGAAUCAACAUACAGUGGUACCACAGCACUGGCAUCAUGGUCCUACAAUACGGAGCUGCUGAUAAUACCUCUACUAGAGGCCUGUGUGGCUGCUGUGAUGGAAACCCUGCAGAUGAUCUGCGUUUACCUAACGGAACAGUGAUGCGCGAUGUGGAAGACAUCCCCGUUUUUCUCCACAGCUGGAUGGUGGACACCUCCGAGGAGACAGAUUACUUCCGCAGAGUGGGAGACAACUGCACCACAGGCAACUGCACUAAAUGCUUCCAAAUGCUCAAUCAGAGGCCAUUCUCCAAAUGCCACCACAAGGUUUCACCAGAGCAGUUCUGUGACAAGAUCUGGGCGGGUGACCUGCACUAUAAGGACCAUGAGUGUGACUUUCUAGCUGCUUAUGUGGCCAUUUGCUACACUCAUCAAAUCUGCUUCAGCUGGAGGAAAAACAAUUUCUGCCCUCUAAAGUGUCCUCCUGGUAAAGAGUAUAAGCCCUGCGUGAACACCUGUAAAACGAGGACGUGCCAGAACAGAGAUUACUAUGAGGAGAGCACCUGUUCUUCAAUUAGAGAGGAGUGUGUGUGUAAGAGUGGCACCAUCCUGCAUCGAGCCGACUCUGCGUUCUGUGUCACUGAAGACCAGUGCGUUUGUACGGAUAACGACGGCUCUCCUCGGGCUCCGGGGGAGGUGUGGAAUGGCUCUCUGCGAGGUUGCUGUCUGUUCACCUGUCUGGAGAACGGUAGCGUGGUGCCGGUGGAGCCGGAGUGUAGUCCUGAGCCGGCUCCGCUGUGCGAGCGUGAGGGAGAGUAUGCCAUCGAUGUGCUGGAGGAGGGAGCCUGCUGCCCCAGAAAAAUCUGUGAAUGUAAUACAACCAUUUGCCAGAAUGAGGUUCCUACCUGUGAGAAUGGAAACAGGCUGAUGAUUGGAUACAGCACCUUCUCCUGUUGUCCUGAAUACCGAUGUGAAUGUGACCCACUGGCCUGUCCAAGUAUCCCAACACCAGAGUGCAGAGAGGACCAGUUCCUGGUGGAGGUCAGAGGACAGCAUGACUGCUGCUACACUUAUCUGUGUGUUUGUGAGUCUUGUAUGGAUCCAAUCCCUGCAUGUUUACCUGGAGAGCUUCUGGCUGUGGACAUGAAUACGACAAAUCAUUGCUGUCCCCAGUAUCAUUGUGUGUGUGAUACGAGCCUGUGUCCUGAGCCCAGUACAAGUUGUGCCCCUGGUGCUACACUGGUUAAAAUGCCUGUACCUGACAGCUGCUGCCCGGAGGUCCACUGUGAGUGUCAGUGUCAGAACAUCACACGGCCUCUGUGCACUGCGGGAGAAGUUCAGGUUGAGGACCCAGAUCACAGCAGCACUUGUGGCUGCCCUCAGUACUCCUGCAAGAAGGCAGAUGUGUGUUUAUUUCAGGGUGUGACUGUUCUUAGUCCAGGCCAGUCUAUGGUGCAGUAUUUUGAGAGGGAGCUUUGCUACACAGUGCAGUGUCUCACACAUAAGGACCCCAACACAGGCUUCUUUGCGAUGGAUGUGACGACAGCCAACUGCUCAGAAAAGUGUGAGCCUCACCAGAUUUAUGUUCCGUCCUCUGACCCUCAUGUGUGCUGUGGCUCCUGUAAAAACAUCUCAUGCUCAUUCUCCAGUGAAAAUGGAACUACAGAAGUAUUUAUGGCAGGCAGCUCGUGGGUGGCUAACUGCACACGGUUUGACUGCAUGGAGACGGCGGUGGGAGCGGUGAUUCUCGCCUCUGGAGUUGUCUGCCCUCCUUUCAAUGACACAGAGUGUAUUCAGAACGGAGGGGUGGUGCAGACAUAUGUUGACGGCUGCUGUAAGACAUGUAAAGAGGAUGGUAAAACAUGUAAAAGAGUCGCUAUCAGGACAACCAUCAGAAAGGAUGACUGUAGAAGUAAUGCACCAGUUACUGUAUACUCAUGUGAUGGGAAGUGCCCGUCAGCCACCAUCUUUAACUUCAACAUAAACAGCCAUGCACGCUUUUGCAAGUGCUGUCGUGAAAACGGCCUACAGAACCGCGUCAUUCAGCUGUACUGCACUCGCAAUGCUACUUCUGUGGACUACAGUUACCAGGAGCCUAUGGACUGCUCGUGCCAGUGGAACUAAUAACUGUUAUCAGUUAGUUAGACACUGUAGUAGAUAGUCUAUACACUGAUACGCCAAAACAUUAAAACCACCUGCCUAUUAUUAUGUAGGUUCCCCUCGUUCCACCAGAACAGCGUUCUAUGGUAUCUGGACCCAGAUGAUAGCAGCAGAUUAUUUGAGUCUUGUACAUUUUGAGGUGAAACCCUCAUUUGUGAGCAUCAGUAAGAUUUGUCCCUGACUGAGCUGACUGUUCACUUGCUGCAACUUGCUAACAAUAAUAUGUAUAUCCCACAAACUGACAGGUGCCAUUGAAUCAAGAUAAUUAAUUUUGGUGGUUUUAAUGUUAUGGCUGAUCAGUGUGGACUCUCUCAGUGGCCAUGUUCAGUUUUUACUGCACAAAUCAGUGAAACCACAACCUACUAACACCAUCUUUGUAGUUUUAGUAACGUUGAUGUCUGUGAUAUACCUGGGAGUGUUGCGUAAGUGUAAGUUAAUCACUUUUUUAAGUUAGCCUGUAGAUGAGAACAUAGAACAUAACAAAUGUUUAAUCUGCUAGCGUUAUAAAUGAAGUAACAGACGUCAAAAUAAUAACAUAUGUGCACAGGUGCAGUGUAUUAUUGCCAAUAUAUCAAACAAUUUUUUUUGCCCAGAAAUAUUUUGGAACAAAAUUGAUUCUUGUAUCUUUAAUGUAAUUAUAGUAAGUAGACUAUCAAUUUGUAUAACUUUUUAAUCUUAUGUUUUAUUUAAGUGAUAACUUUGUACUUUUUUGAACCUUUGGAGUCAACAGUUUUUUUAAGACUUAAACUGCCCAACAGGGAGAAAUAAAUAAGCAAAUUAUGAGCA